UUAAAUCUCCAAUAUGAUGCUUAAAAUCCAUACUAUCAAACAGGGGACAGAUUUCAACUUGGAUUAACCAUUCCCGCGCUUUGGCACAAUACUGAGCUCUGAGCAUGGAUCCAUGGGAAGCUCUAGACAUCGACGACUCUGACCUCUCCUCUUUCCUCCGCCCCUGCAAGCGUCCCCACCACCCUCCAUCGCCGAUCAAAACCACCGCCGCCGCCACCAGAGUCUCGGACCCCACUGACUGUUCUCCGCCGUUUCUCGAAUCCGCACCCAUCCCACCCACCCAAACCCUAGAUCCUUUGCCCCUCCACCAUUCUCCGGAGGUCGCCACAACCUCCCUGCGCCCCAUUCCAGGCCCAGCCGGCGCCGUUCAAGCUGCCAUGCACCGCAAAGCCCGUAAUGAUCGAAAUUUCUUCACUGAUGACCCAAUCCCUACUCAGGAGUAUAUCAGAAGAGUAGUGGAAAAUGGUACCUGUGACGAUGACGAUGAUUUUUCACGCAACCCCUGGCUUUGCGCCGUCGAUUUUCUUUCUCGGAAGGUAGGUAUGGUUGAUGGUGUUGCAAUCGGAACGCCUUUAAGCUCGAUCAAGAAAUGUUCGAACGCUGACAGGAUAGCUCAGGUUGUUGCAAUUGUCAAGUCUUGCAGCCCGAAUGGUCUUGGUGAUUUUAUGGUGACGUUGAAGGAUCCUACUGGUACGAUUGGUGCUAGUGUUCAUCAUAAAGUUCUUGCUGAAGGAACGUUUGCAAGAGACAUAUCUGUUGGCUCAGUUUUGAUACUCCAGAAGGUUGCUGUUUUUUCCCCAUCUCGCUCAGCACAUUAUCUCAAUAUAACACUGAGCAAUUUAGUAAAGGUCAUUUCCAAGGACUGCAGAGCUCCACCUGAUCAAAAUUGUCCUGCAUCAAUAGUCAAACAUGCUGCUUCUGGUAAGUGCAGUGGAAAGACAUGGUUGCUGCCGAAGACUGUUCCUUCGUCACAGGGAAGAGCUGAAGAUAGAAUGGAUGAUAUUAGACAAAGUGCUAACUUGAGAUGGAGUGGACUUAGUCUUAAUCAAAUAGUAAAUAGCAAUGAAGCACCAGGGGGCAGCAGCUACAACAGUAGCAGCAGAAACCAGAAUGCUGCCAGAGACAUGGAAUCCAUAUUGACUAGACUGGAUGGGAGCAAAGGACCCAUAAAAGCUAGAGCUAAUAAAGAUAUCAUUGAUAAUGAACAGAGGUAUGCGGAUGGUAGGGAUAAAGAAUCUGAAAGACAUCAAUUAGGCAGUAUCCACUGCAGUGAUGCUGCAGCAAACUUGGUUGUGCACACUAAUAUUGGAGAAGUUGGGAGUAUAAACAGAGUUGAACAGCAAAGGCAGCCACUUGUUUCAAAAGCUUCAAUUCCAGAGUGGACAGAUGAACAGCUGGAGGCACUUUUUGGUUUUGAUUGUGAGAAUGGUGACUAUCUGUUUUGAUAUAACAGUUCGUCCUGUUCAGUCUAAAGAAAAAAAUUGAUGCCAAAAGUGUCAAUGAGCUUAUAUAAACAUAUUUUAAUGUGUACAAAUCAUGCUUCAAUGUUAUUAUUUUGAAAGAUGUCAAAAUUGUAUGUGAUAGUCAUUGUAAUUGUUCAAGCUGUUAUCUUGUUGUAUGCAAGGAAUAUUUUCCUUUGAGAAAAAAACUUGUAU